AUGUCAGACACAAACGACGAGGUCGUUCUUUGCUGCGUCCAAGACAGCCCUGUCUCGUUCGACCUGGCCGCUUCGCUCGACAAGCUUACAAAGCUCGCACGCGAGGCAGCGAGCAAAGCUCGGGCAGCCGCAUCUUCCUCUUCGACGCCCAUUGUCGUACUCUUUCCCGAGGCGUUCCUGAGCGCUUACCCUCGAGGACUUGACUUUGGUGCCAAGAUUGGACACCGUACCGCCGAGGGACGAAGCUGGUUCGCGCGAUACCAUGCCUCCUCUGUGCCAGUGUGUGAUACGAACGGCCCAGAGAUGACCGUGAUCAGGAACGCAGCCAUGGAAAAUCGAAUCACGCUCGUGGUUGGUGUGAUUGAACGAUGCGAUCGACCUGAGACAGGUAAGAAGCGACACGAGUACGGAAGCAGUGUUGCUGGUGGAACGGGCAGCAUCUACUGCACUGCCCUGACGAUUUCGGAAACGGGAGAGGUGCUGGCUUCUCACAGGAAGCUCAUGCCAACCGGUACUGAACGAUUGGUGUGGGGACAAGGCGAUGGCGAAGGUGUCCGAAUUGCAACUACUCGAGCUGGAGCGGUUGGCGCCGUCAUCUGCUGGGAGAACUACAUGCCCUUGCUACGAACCGCAAUGUACGAGCGUGGCGUUGAGAUCUACUGUGCGCCUACCGCCGACAGUCGAACGACAUGGACGUCAAGCAUGCAGCACAUAGCAAUGGAGGGCCGCUGCUACGUCAUCUCGUGCAACCAAUUCAACACGCGCUCCGAUUACCCAGAAGACUAUCCGGCGCUCAACGACCUCAAGCCUGAUGACAUCGUGACACGAGGUGGUAGUGUCAUUGUCGGUCCUCUCGGCGAGAUCCUUGCUGGGCCGCUGUUCGACGAGGCUGGUAUUCUAGUGGCCAGGGUCAAAAAGAACGAGCUGGUGGAAGCCAAGAUGGACUUUGACGUUACAGGACACUAUGCACGCAAUGAUGUUCUGCGCUUGCAAUUCAACGACAAAAGCGGCUAG